AGUGACAAAGUCCAAGCAACCAGAAAAUUAAUUAAGAUAAUCUCCAAACUCAUAAAACAGAAGCAUCCACGCUUCUACGUUGCUUUGUCUUUUUCCUCCUAUUAUUUUUUCAUGUCCAGCAGUUCUCUCUGGAGAUCUCCACCUGGAAGCUACCUCUCCCUUUCUUCUUUACCUUCUUCACCCCUUUAAAUUCACAUCUCCCCCUCUCACUCUCACUCUCACUCUCACUCUCAUACUUUCAUGGCCAGCUAGCCAUUUUUUGUUCUGAACUUUCUUAGCCCCCAUAGCCUUUUCUUUAUUCCCUUGAAACCAUGGCUUCAACCAUGGCUAGGCCUAGAAAGCUGAGAGACUUCCUCAAUGACAAUCCAGAUUCAUGCUCUUCAACUGGGUUUAAAUCAUUUCGUUUGAAUUCAAAAGUUGCAUCAACCAGAAUUUCAGCCUUCCAAGCCGUGAUUAACGCCGUCAAGAAACUCCCGUUCACCACCGUCAAAUCCCCCUCUAUUUUCCCAAGAAGCCUGUCGCGGAGACUGUCAAGAAAGCACGGGCCGCCAAGCCAGCCACGUGAAAUCAAAAUUACGGUCAGAGUCAAAGACAUUGUGCGGUGGGCAUCGUUCAGGGACUUGCUGGAGGAGAAAUCUCGGCCCUCGGAUUUCGCUUCUUCCCCUCAUCACUGCACCACCACCACGGGAUCCACCAGUACCACCUGUAGCAGCAAUGGCUCAAGUUGGUGCGAAAGCGACUUUACCUCGGAGUAUUUACCGCCCUCCUGGGGCAGUACUUCUCAGGAGUACGGUGAAACCGAGGUUCAUCUCGGUAAAAAAUAUUUACAAUGUGUCGGUAGGAAUUACGUGGAGGCGGCUUCAGUGGCCCCCGAGGUAGAGACAACAACGUGCGAUGAGAAAGAACAACAAAGCCCAGUUUCGGUGCUUGAUUUUCAAGAUGGAGAUAAUAAGGACCCAUUCUCGUCUUUUACCCGAAGCCUUGCCGGUGUCGAGAGGACAAGACAAAAUCUUAUGCAAAAGAUCCAGCAGUUUGAGAAUCUUGCUAAACUGGAGCCUUUCGACCUGGAGGAAUGGAUGUCACUGGAAGAAAAUACCAGAUUUGAAGAAGAAGAAGAAGAAGAAGAAGAAGAAAAUGAAAUUGAAAAGAAUGUGAGGGAGCUGUUGAAUGAUGUCAAAGCAACAAGUUCAGUUGAUAUUGGCAAGGCCAAGGUGGAAAAACUAUUGUUUGAUUUCUUUAGUGAUGAAUUGAUGAGUAGCAAGAGAUGCCAGAGUAGGAAGGAUGAUGACGAUGAUGAUGAUGAGUUCAAUUGCGAGAUGGUAAGCAUCGCAAAAGCAUGGAUGAAGGGGGAUCAUAAUGGGUUACAUGAAUGGGGGAUAGAGCAUAAGAAGGAGGCUUAUGUUAGUGAAAUGGAUGGGAGAGAGAGGUGGAGCAGCUUUGAGGAGGAGCAAGAGAAGAUAGCUUUGGAAAUUGAGACUCGGGUUUUAGGGUGUCUGAUGGAUGAGGUUCUGGUUGAUCUCUUUUUACACCGUUAAAUGCUGUGAAAUUUAAUCUGAUUCUUUUCCAGCUUUGUUUCUCAGGAAAUUUUAAUUUUGGCUUGUGAGGAGGGGAGAAGAAACUCUUAUGAGGGCAUGACUCAUGCACAUUUUUGUAGGGUGUAUGUAGCAUUAGAUGAUGCUAAACAUUUGUGAAAAAAUAAAUAAAUGAGGAAGAGAAAUUCUUUUCAGCAUGUUAGAAUGGCCAGCAA